AUGACUUUUGUAAAUCAGGCAUUCUAUCGUCUUAUUCGAAUUGUUUAUUUUCAAAAUAGACAACUUCAAUCUUUAAAACUAUAUACAAUUUUACCAAUUAUAGAGAUAAUCAUAUCAACUAUUUUUUUAUGUGGUUUUAUACCUUUGAAUGGUAUAACAUAUUUACAAAAUGAUCACUUUUGUUAUGCAACGUUCACAAAUAUUCCUUGUAUUCUUUCCAUAGCAUUUGUUAUUUAUAUAGCUCCAUUUUGUUGUUUAUUAUUUAUUUAUAUUCAUAUAACAAGAUUUAUUCAUCGACAAGGUGAUAGUCAAACAUUAAUAAUCCAACUACGACAAGCUCGAGAUUUACUUAUUAUUCGACGUAUUUUAAUUAUUGUUAUUACAUUACUUCUUAUUGGAAUACCUGCAUUGACUCUUAUAUUCAUGUUUAUUGUAACAGGUAAAGAACAUCCAUUAUUAGCUCGAAUUGCAUUUUUUCCAGUUAGCGCAUCUCAAGCAGGAUUGAGUGUAGCAUUACUUUUUUCUAUUCCACAACUGAAAAAUAUUGUUCUAAAUUUACGAACAACAGAGACAAUAGCGCCAGUCAAUCAAGCCGUGCAAGACACACUACAAAUGAGAACGAUUGUCCAUACUCAAUAA